UGUUCAGACUGGUGAGUUUGAAUCCCAUUGAAGUCAGAUAGUCUCAAAGCUAUGAGGAAUCGUUCCGUAGUGACUCAGUUUAUCCUGCUCGGCAUCCCAAACACAGAGGGUCUGGAAACUAUGCUCUUUGUCCUGUUUUUGUCUUUCUACAUCUUCACUCUGAUGGGAAACUUAUUAAUCUUACUGGCAAUUAUCUCCUCCAGUCGGCUUCACACCCCCAUGUACUUCUUCCUAUGUAAAUUGUCUAUUUUUGACAUAUUUUUCCCUUCUGUGAGUUCUCCCAAGAUGCUGUUCUACCUCUCAGGAAACAGCAGAGCCAUCUCCUAUGCAGGCUGUGUGAGCCAGCUCUUCUUCUACCACUUCCUUGGUUGUACCGAGUGUUUCCUGUACACAGUGAUGGCAUAUGACCGUUUUGUGGCCAUAUGCUACCCAUUACGCUACUCAAUAAUUAUGAGUCACAGAGUAUGUGCGAUCCUGGCCACGGGGACAUCCUUUUUUGGCUGCAUUCAGGCUACUUUUCUGACCACUCUCACCUUCCAGUUGCCCUACUGUGGUCCCAAUGAGGUGGACUACUACUUCUGUGAUAUCCCUGUGAUGCUAAAAUUGGCUUGUGCAGACACAUCAGCCCUGGAGAUGGUGGGGUUCAUCAGUGUGGGCCUGAUGCCGCUCAGUUGUUUCCUCCUCAUCCUCACCUCCUACAGCUGCAUCGUCUGCUCUAUUCUGCAGAUCCGCUCUGCUGAGGGCCGUCGUAGAGCCUUCUCCACCUGCAGUGCCCACCUCACUGCCAUCUUGCUUUUCUACAUGCCUGUUGUCCUCAUAUACUUAAGACCAACUCCAAGCCCUUGGCUGGAUGCAACUGUGCAGGUCUUAAAUAAUCUGGUCACUCCUAUGCUAAACCCAUUAAUUUACAGUCUCAGGAAUAAAGAGGUGAAAUCAUCACUGUGGAAGGUCUUACGUAAACCUGCCUUUGCUCCUGAGCAGUUGUAAUGAAUGACCAGUCAUGAACACUUCAUGUGUACAUCAGGGGAGGUAUGACACUUUUA